UGUUCGGCCUCGCCGAUGCACUGUAUGCCUUCUAUUAUACUAGGUGGUAUACGAUGGAAUCGACCUUCAAGCAACAAUUUGGAGGAAAUACCGACACUGUUGUGGAUGAGCAGUGGCAGCUGGAGGACAGAAGCAACGCCACGCUCACCGUGGACACUGACUGCAUACAGCUGUUGGUGAAUGCCCUGGACCACCCCACGUGCCCACUGGCAGACCUGCCACUGGAAACCACCGAGCAGCGAGAGCAGUGCCGCGUGCAGCUAUGGGACGACAUGGUGCUGAGGUCGACCCACAUACCCGUCACCAGCUACCUGGCCUACACGCAGAGGUCCAACGUCAACCUCUGCCUCUUGGCCUGGAUGGCAGUCAACUCGCUCGGCAUUUGUCACGACGUCCCCUUCAGUAUGAUACAGUCUGUGCACGACGCUGCCUGCUAUUUCGGUAGACCUGACGACCAGUCGUGUCUGCAAUCAAACGCUACACAUGCCAUCUGCUCUGUUUCCAGAGCUAUUCUGUCGCUGAAGUGUCGCGAUUUUUUGUCCCACAAGCCUCAGAAGAUGUAUAGCGUCACACUUUAUCCAAACGGAUCGUACUCAAAGCUGUCGGAUGAUAUAAAAUGGCGACAAGGGUUCUACAGACGGUAUGGAAAGUCGAUACAAAUAGCACUGAACUACAAAGACAGUUUGAACAAUGCCACAUUGAAAUACAAAGAUCUGAAAAUCAGCAGUCUAAAAUCUUUAGAAAUUUCAUUUGUAGCGAUAAAUAUUUUUUUCCGCUCUUUGACAGCGGGAGUAUAUAUGUACCUUCCACAGUUACGUAAUUUGCCUGGAAAGAUAUUCUUGUCCUUUCAGAUCACGGGUAUAAUUCAGAUCCUUUGUUCUGAUAUCGUGUAUCGUAUGUCAGGUGUCCCCGACUUAUCUACAGCGGUGCUGAUUGAUACCGCCCUCACACUUCUAAGCUGUAUCUGGCUGAACUCGUUCUGUUACCAAAUGUACGCAUGUGUCCGUCACCUCAAGCUUCCUAACGACCUACUACCCGAUGAAGCAAGAAAUCUAUUCCGUCGUCAGGUGCUGAUUGCCUUAAUACCCUGGGGUAUAGUAUGCACAGCAACCAUUGCUUUGGAAAAGACGAGCAAAUAUCACCUGCUCUACAGUCGGAUAAUAUUCCUCAUUGGGAUUUUAGUGUCAGUAUCUUUCAAUUUGGUGUGUCUUGGAUUGGUGGGGUACAUGUUCCUACGCACUAAGAGAUCUAUGACUCAUCUCAGAAUUUACAGUAACGAUAAAUUUGGCUCAAAGAAAGAAAUUCUUUUUACGUCAGUUAAGACUGUCUUCUUAAGCGGGCUAGGUGUCAUUGUUAGAAUUGGGUUUCACCAAGCGCAAGGUAUAGCACAGUUUGUUUACUAUUUACAUAUAUCUACGAUGGUGCAGGGACCACUGUUGUUCGUUCUUUUCAUUUGUAAUGGAACAACAUUCCCUACACUAAAGAACAGGAUACUAGCGUGUCUCAACCCAGACAUAAUCAUUCCAGGGGAAGAGCUGUGUUCAGCAGCUGAGAGAAACCUGGCAAGGAGAAACAAUGAACAACCCGUGGUUGCACAAUCCUCGUUGUAAUUUUCUUGAGUAUUUUUCUCAAAAGAUUGUAUUCACUGUAGGCCAUUCUAAAGUAUGUGAUCAGCUACAGAGACAGAGUCUAGCAGAUGAGACAAAAUUAAGUGCGACCUAUUUCAAAAAACCAGUGUCCCAGUUUUAUAAUUUUUUCUUUAUUUACAAUCACGUACUUAUUUGUGCAUAGUAGCAUAAAAAAGUCUAAUAAUUAAUUAUAGAUAUGGAACGUAGUCUAAAGUGAACGAAAACAUGUUAAAGGACAGCGCUACACAGGACUCGACCAAAGUGCUUUUGUGGGACGGAAUGUUGACUUGUUGUGUUAGAGAUACGUGAAAGUGCUGUAGAGGAGGUUAGAAAGUAAAGCGCAGCCAGUGUGGUGGUCUUAAAGAAAGAAGGUCAUUAUUUUUAUAAAGCGUGUGUACAGACAAUAUUGUGGUGCAAACGACAUGUGUCACAAAUUAAACGGAAAGGAUACAAGUUUUUCCAAGCGUACAACAGCAUAGUAUGUACUGUUUAGUGUGACAGUUAGUUGGUUAGUUACGUGUUCCAGAGAUCAAUAUCACGGCAACAGCUAUGAUGUGGAACGUGUGAAGUGCAUAAGAAAUGCACUCAUGAAUCAAGUUUUUUUUUAAGCUUAAAAUUUUUAUUACCUAUGCCAUUCACUUAAAUGGCACAAAGUGCAUAUAUUAUACCUAUAGAUUUAUUUAUUCCUAUUCAAGAAUUCAGCUGUGGUAUAGGAGGAAUUGUCAUUGAGAUAUGAUUUCAAUUUAUUUUUGAAACUAUUACUGCUGUGUAUCAGAUAUUUUAUGUCAUCUCGUAAUUUAUUAAAAUGUUUUACAGUAGCAUAUUUUACUCCUUUUUGUGACAAAGAUAAGUUAA